AUGGCAACUCAAAAUCAGCAGAACUGUAGAGGACGAUUUCUGAUCGCUUGCUGGUGGCUUAUAGGUUUGGCUCAAAUGUCAUGGAAAAUGGUAGUUGGGAUUGCAAAGAAAACAAAGAAAAUCGAAAAGGAUGAUCCCAGAAGGAUCAUCCAUGGAUUGAAAGCAGGGUUAGCUCUCACACUGGUUUCUUUGACCUACUUGUAUCAUCCUUUCUACGAGGUUCUCGGUGUUAAUGCAAUAUGGGCUGUUCUAACUGUGGUGGUUGUGUUUGAACUUUCUGUUGGUGCAACAUUAGGAAAAAGUAUGAAUAGGACGAUGGCCACAAUGCUGGGUAGUGUCGCAGGCCUCGGAGCUCAUCACUUAGCAAGUGCUUCCGGUCAUAUAGGAGAACCCAUUUUGCUUGCCACCUUUGUUUUCAUAAUAGCUGCUGUAGUGACAUUUACAAGGUUCUUUCCAGCAGUGAAGACUAGGUAUGAUUAUGGGCUAAGCAUAUUCAUAUUGACCUUUACAUUAGUAGCAGUUUUGGCUUAUCGAGACAAUCAAGUAUUGAGGACGGUUCAGAUGAGGAUAGAAACAAUCGUCAUUGGAUGUUUAGUUUCCGUUGUUAUAAAUAUUGGCGUUUACCCUUUCUGGAUGGGAGAGGAUCUUCACAAUCUCAUUGUCCAAAAUUUGGAAAAGCUUGCGAUCUUUUUUGAAGGGUUUGGGCGUGAGUACUUCCAAGCAUUUGAAGAUGGACAAUCCAAUGAUGAUAAGUCAUUCCUUGAAAAAUAUAAAAGUGUUCUUGCAUCAAAGAGCAAUGAACAAAAUAUGGCCAAUUUAGCUAAAUGGGAACCUUGCCAUGGUCGGUUCAGAUUCUUCCAUCCAUGGAAACAAUAUCUGAAAAUUGGAAAUCUAGCUCGGGAAUGUGCCUAUAGAAUUGAAGCUCUUAACAACAUCCUACAAUCUGAGAUCCAAGCUCCUAUCGAAAUCCGUAACAAAUUUGCAGAGUCAUGCACAAAUGUCAGCUUGGAAUGCGGCAAAGCUUUGAAGGAAAUAGCGUCAGAUUUCAAGGUAAUGAAAAGAUCAAAUACCUCUGCAUACAUUGAAAAAUUAAACGCUGCAGCUGAAGACCUAAACUUGCUUCUCCGAACAAACAUGUGGGAAGGAGCUGCUCUGGUUGACGUAGUUCCAGUCGCUUCAAUUGCUUCUAUUCUGUUGGAGGCAGCGAGAAUCACUGAAAAAAUCUCAGACGCUAUCAAUGAAUUGGCCUCCAUGGCUCCUUUCAAGGACUCGGAGCCUACCGUGUCAACCGACCAACCAGACAUGCUUGCUCUGGGAAUGCUUCAACCAGUUUAA